AUGGCACAACCCUCGGCUGCCAAUAAGGCCUCGCGACCAGAGUCUCCACUUCCUGCGCCUACCGUUGCAGGUCAAAAACGUAAGAGACCAGCAGACAAGAAAUAUUAUGCUGUCAAGGUGGGAAAGACACCUGGUGUUUACGACACAUGGGAUCAAUGUCUGGCACAAGUCACUGGUCAGAAAGGUGCUCAAUUCAAGUCCUUCACCAGCCAAGGAGACGCCCAGCUAUUUGUGGAGGGAAAGCUGAUACACCAAGCCAACAAGGCCCCAGGUGAACAGAAGUUCUAUGCAGUCCAACAAGGGAAAGUGCCUGGAGUAUAUACCGACUGGCCCACAGCCCAAGCACAAAUUAGUGGCUUCAAGAAUCCUAAGCACAAGAAGUUCACCACCAGAGCUGAAGCUGAAGCAUUCAUUAGUGAAGGCAAGAGAAAGUCCGCAUAUGAUAAUGGAACCGGAAUUAGUCCUGAAGAGGAGAUUCGACGUCUGAUCGUCAAGAAUUCAGCGCCAGGUCUGGUGACGAAUGGGGACUAUGUGGCCAAGGACAAACACGGUAACGAGUUUGAACUUGCUCGUGGGCCCUUACCACCAGGUGCGGAAGAUGGCUUCGACCCGAAUGUCAAGCUGGAUAAUGGUGUGAUCAGACGGCGGACAGAAGAGGAGAAAUCCACUCUGAAAAAGGUUCCAAAAGACAGCAACCCCCCGGGUAUGCUCAACAUCUAUACAGACGGGUCUUCACUUAGCAAUGGCCAAGUUGGGGCAAGAGCAGGAGUUGGCGUGUAUUUUGGACCGGCACCAUUUGAGUAUGACUCUCAAUCUCCUUCUUCCUCUUCUCCUGUGUCAGAUCCGGGCAAAGAAAUUCCGAUGUACACGGUGGACUGGCAAGCUCGAGGCGCACCUUCUACGAUGAAACGACGUAAACUGACUUGGAGAUACAGAAAUAUUUCCGAAGCAUUGAAAGGAACGAAACAGACGAAUCAGCGAGCAGAGCUGACAGCUAUUCAGAGGGCACUAGAGGUGGUGCCAAGUCAUCGGGAUGUUACGAUCUUUACAGACUCAAGAUACUCAAUUGAUUGCGUAACGAAUUGGUACAGAAACUGGCAGAGUAAUGGCUGGCACAAUUCCAAGGGUAAGCCUGUCGAAAACAGAGAUGUCAUCCAGGAAAUAAGGGAGAAGAUCGAAGAGAGGAAUCAUUUCGGGAAGCAAACACACUUCGUGUGGGUGAAAGGACAUGACAAAAAUGAAGGAAAUAUCAGAGCUGAUGAGCUUGCGGUAGCAGGUGCCAGAAGAGGCUUGCAUGGCGAUGCACAAAGUUCAAGUGUCGGGAACGAGACCACGACAGGCACCGAGAGUGGUGAGGGUGAAGCAGAAGAAGAUAGUGAGGAUGAAAGAUCGGACGAAAGAAAACUUGAGGACGCUGAGAUGGAAGCCGCUCUGCAGUUGAGGCAGGAAGCAUUGGAUGCUAUGGAUACAAGCACUACCAGCGUUCCGAACGGCUCGUCCUAG